CUUCUAUUUUGAAGGCAAAACACGAAAACCGGAGGUCUGCCGAAUUUCUAACGUUGCCUGCACGACCCUUAUCUAUUGCAGCCGGUUGUAGUUAUCGAGUUGGGGCAGUUAGCUAGCUUCUUACCUUUGAUUGUCGCUUAGAUGAUGGCUACUUUAAUCAAUGUAUAUCACUCGCUAGCUUGAUUCUCAGAACCACGGGUGCAUGACGUUGUUGCUCGCCCUGAUGCUAGUGCAAUAAUUAACUGCUCGCGAAGGAAAAACUGCACUCAGCCUUGCAUAAAAUAUUAGUGUUUUCUGUGGCGGCGCAUCACAAUUCAGCAGCGUUGCCCAAUAAAAUGGAAACACUGUACUGUAUAGCAUAAGUACGUUCGUAGGGAGCAACGUUAUCUUAACUAUAAGAAACUAUAAUGGCAGGUAGAGACCAGGACGACAAACUCUCAAUUCCUCCCUUAUCGACUACAGCAUACACUACGAAAACUGCAAAGAAGCGAAAGAAGACUUUGGAGAGUCAGGCUGAACAAAAAAAAGACAGAGAUAAAGCACGAAAUAAAACAAGAGUUAACAUCGGUUCAGCAUUCCCGCGGUGGAGACAACUUAAGGAAUUGAAAGGAAUCAAGUUUGACUCACAAUUAGCCCUUAUUCUCCUGGACAGGUUUGCUGCUUCAACUCAACAACCAGCUGGUCCCCCUUCUGAUGAUAUUGUUGUAAACAUUAACUGCCUGCUACAGCUGUUUCAGCGGUGUGAGGAGUGCAGACAAAAGAGUGUGAUCAAGACUGAAGGGGAAAGGACAUGCCUUUCUGUGACCCAACACUGUCAUAGCUGCAACCACCUCAGGACAUGGACAAGUAACUCUUCUGCUGCCCGGACAACAGACAGUGAAUAUGGGGAGAAGCCCCAGAACAGCUGGGUGGCUGAGGUGCAAGUUGCCCUGCCACCCGAUGACCAAGAAGACUCCCUGCCACCCGAUGACCAAGAAGACUCCCUGCCACCCGAUGACCAAGAAGACUCCCUGCCACCCGAUGACCAAGAAGACUCCCUGCCACCCGAUGACCAAGAAGACUCCCUGCCACCCGAUGACCAAGAAGCCUCCCUGCCACCCGAUGACCAAGAAGCCUCCCUGCCUCCUGAGGACCCAGAAGCCUCCCUGCCUCCUGAGGACCCAGAAGCCUCCCUGCCUCCUGAGGACCCAGAAGCCUCCCUGCCUCCUGAGGACCCAGAAGCCUCCCUGCCUCCUGAGGACCCAGAAGCCUCCCUGCCUCCUGAGGACCCAGAAGCCUCCCUGCCUCCUGAGGACCCAGAAGCCUCCCUGCCUCCUGAGGACCCAGAAGCCUCCCUGCCUCCUGAGGACCCAGAAGCCUCCCUGCCUCCUGAGGACCCAGAAGCCUCCCUGCCUCCUGAGGACCCAGAAGCCUCCCUGCCUCCUGAGGACCCAGAAGCCUCCCUGCCUCCUGAGGACCCAGAAGCCACCCUGCCUCCUGAGGACCCAGAAGCCACCCUGCCUCCUGAGGACCCAGAAGCCACCCUGCCACCUGAAGCCCCAGAUGAAGCCAUGCCACCUCAAAACACAGGUAAUGCUCUGGAGUGGACUGGCUCACUGGAGAUGGAAGUGACUGUAGACCAGCCACCAAGACCAGGGGGAAGUGGCCCGUCUUUGGUGAGGAGGAAGGAGGGAAGCAAAGGAGCAGAGACAAGAAUGAAACUGACAAUGGUGGAGUUUGACAGUGAGACAGACAGCACACAAAGCCAAGAGGAGAAUGGCCUGUCCUCAUGGGAGAGGUCACUAAGAGUUGAACUACAGGAGAAUAUGCAUAUGCAGCUGGGGUGUGAAGAGGUGCCAAUAGACUCUGUAGUACCUGAGGACUCUGAAACCAAAACAUCUCAGAUAGACACAGAAAGAGAGAAAAGGCAUGUAGCUGCUGAUUGGUGUGAAAAGGAGGAUGGUGUCUGUGAGACUGACGGUGGUGAAAAAGGGGAGACUGAAGGGGAAGAUGAAGAAAUUGAUUCCGAAUUUGAUCUAGAGGAGUCUGAAGAGGGAUUGACAGAAAGCGACUCUGACUUUGAUCUUGAGGACGAGGCUGAAGGGGGAUUGACAGAAAGCGACUCUGACUUUGAUCUUGAGGACGAGGCUGAAGAGGGAUUGACAGAAAGUGACUCUGACUUCGACCCAGAGGAGGGGAAAUCUAAAAAGGGAAGUGGAACACCAUUGCAGAAGUCUACUGACGGACCAAUGCAAGAUUCUAGACGACAUUUUGUGCUCUGUCCUGAAUGUGGCAUCCUGUACUCCACCAGGCUUCAGUACCGUAAGUGUGAUCACAAGUUUAUGAUCACCUGUCCAGACUGUGGGAAGCACUGUGCAAAUGAGAUUGGCCUCAAGAGUCACCAGAAGAGGCAACAUAGUCACGACAAAAUAUUCCCCUGUAAGUUCUGCCUCCAACCCUUCAGGACACGCCCAGAAAAGUUGACCCAUCAAAAAAGCCACAGAUUCACAGAUUACAGAUGCUACAGCUGCUCAGAUUGCCCACUGAGGUUUGACAAUGUAUUUGUACGGAACCGCCAUGUCAGAGAGCACAGAAAACACAUCUGUCAAAUAUGUGACAAGGAAUUCAAAAAACGUCACUUACUUGAUAGGCACAAUCUUUCCCACAGUGAUGACAAGCCCUUCAAGUGUCAGGUGUGCCAACGUGCCUUUGCCCAAGCCAGCCAGCUGAAGUCCCACCUGCGUGUUCAUACUGGGGAGCGACCCUUCCAAUGCCAGCGCUGUGACAAGAGCUUCAACCACAACGUCAGCCUCAAGAACCACGUCAGACGCUACCACAGCCCAGACUCAGGGCCGGACCCUGAUGGGGGCGCAGGAGGUGGGGGACAGGGGGAGGGAGAGGGUGUGGGAAAGAAGAUGCCUCGGCAGCAGCUGACCUUUUGGACUGAGUGGGAGAUGUGGGCUGGAGGAGAAGGAGCCAAGAGAGUGGAGGCGCAGCCGAGGAAGAGGAAGCACCAGUGCAUUGAUGAUGCCAGUGAUGAAGAAGCAAAGGAGAGGCAACAAAAAAGUGGUUCUGACCAAGAGGAGAAGAUGGAUUUAAGGUCAGGGAGAAGUAAAGGGAGGGGUGGAAGGAGAGUAAGGGGGAGAGGUAAAAGAAUAGGGGUUGGGAGAGGAAGAGGUAAAGGAAGAGGAGGGAGUCAAUAGCAGAGAGCUACAGAAGAAACUAGGGUAGGUAUUGCUAUUUGUGAGCUUGGUGGACUGAAAGAAAAAGGUUGUAUUCAUUAAUACACUCCAUAGCAAGACUAUUUGGUAUAGAAAAUGAGAACAACCAUAUCUGAUAGGUCAGUUUGAGGUAUUUUUCUCUUUUUGGACAUUGGCUCCUGAUUUCUCCCUUUCAGAAAUGACUCAAACCUUAGAACCAGGAAAAGUUACAGAAUUUGAUUUAAACCUAGUGUUGUAAGAAAAUGCUGUUCAAUGGACAUACUUGCAAGACUAGGAAUAAUCUGUAUCUUGGAAACUUGUUCCUGCAGUUUUGUGUAUGCAUUUUCUAUUUUACUAAUAUACAAAGUUAUAUUAUAGCCCAUUGGUCAAUACAUUUGGAAUUGCCUUAAAAUGCAUUGUUUAUCUACUUGCUAUGUUCUUAUUAGCAUCUGUAGGCUUUGACCCAAGUUUAAUAAAGAAAAGCAAUGUUGAUCUAUGAAUUACUUUGAAGAAAGAACACAUUUCAAGUAAAUUGUCUCCUCAAAAACAAAAU